AUGCCUGCACCUCAUCUCAGCGGGGUCGCUGCGCUAAUAAAGGCGGCGCACCUGGACUGGUCGCCGGCCGUCGUCAAAUCUGGAAUCAUGACGACCUCAGACAUCAUUGAUAAGGACGGGAAUCCCAUAAAGGACGAGCAACACAACAAGGCGAGCUUCCUCGGCAUGGGAGCCGACAACGUCAACCCGUUUAAGGCGGCGGAUCCCGGGCUAGUUUACGACAUUGAGCCCAACGACUAUGUCCGCUUCCUUUGCGGGUUAGGCUACUCCGACAAGCAAGCCGAGAUAGUGACCCAUCGAAAGUCAUGUGCGUCGCGGUGA